GGAGAACUGGGACGUGGGGUGGUGUUUGUUGCAACAGAAAAGGAGAAAUCUGAUGCUGCCAUGGAGAGAUAUCGAGUUAAUGUUUAUGCCAGUGAUUUGAUUCCUUUAAACAGAAUGGUGCCAGACUCCAGACCUCAAGAAUGCAGUUCUAUGGAAUAUCCUGACAAUCUGCCAACAACAAGUGUGGUGAUUCCCUUUCACAAUGAAUGGCCAUCCAUCUUGUUACGUACUGUCUAUAGCUUACUUAAUCGUACACCCAAAUACAUAUUAAAACAAAUUAUAUUAGUAGACGAUGCUAGUGAUUUAGGUAACUUAAAAGAAGAUUUAGAUGUGUAUAUAGAAGAACAUUUUCCAGAUAAACGUGUACAGAUAGUCCGUUUAAAGCAACGUGUUGGACUCAUAAAAGCACGUUUAGUUGGUUUUGACCAUGUCACAUCAGAAGUUGUUUCGUUUUUUGACAGUCACAUGGAAGUCAAUACGAAAUGGUUAGAGCCACUGUUAGUUGAAAUAAAAAAGAAUUGGACCACACUGGCCAUGGGUCAUUUAGAUUAUAUUAAGGCUGAUACGUUACAGUAUGAUUUUGAAGCAGGCUACAAAACGCGAUAUGGCUUUGAUUGGCGAUUGAUCUUCUUUGAAACCUACUUUAGACCAGAUCAGGUUGAAGGAAAGUCGUCCACAGAUCCAUUGCCUGGCGUGGUUAUGGUUGGCCCAGCCUUUGCCAUCAAUGUGACGUAUUUUAAACAUAUUGGUAAAUACGAUGGUGGCAUGAAAAUAUGGGGAGGUGAAAAUAUAGAAUUAGCAUGGAGAGUCUGGAUGUGUGGCGGCAAAUUAUUACACUUACCAUGUUCAAAAAUAGGUCAUAUAGCUCGAACACAGCCGUAUGUCUUCCCCGAGGGUCGGCAUGAAACAGAAGUGUAUAAUUAUAAACGAGCAGUAGAUGUAUGGAUGGGAAAUUAUAGUAAAUAUGUUUACGAAUAUUACCCAGAUAUGCAGGAUAUCGAUGCAGGUGAUUUAACUGAACGUUUUGAGAUAAAACGAAGAUUACAAUGUAAGAAUUUUGAUUGGUAUUUAAAACACGUUUGGCCAGAAUUAUUCCCAUAUGAGGAAAAUGUGAUAGCUUUUGGUGGGCUACAGAAUGUAGAAAGCUCAGAAUGUUUAGAUAAU